AGUGCUUUGCUCAAAAGAGGGUUAGAGCAACCCACUGGCGUGUCCGUCAACACCAGAUGUGCGCUAAUGGGGUCUGUACUGUCUGGACAGACCCCGUUCUCCCAUGGAUCCUUGGUUGGCAUUUUUGAAGGGCAGCUGACGCAGAAGUAUGAGAUCUUGCGACAGCUCGGUACUGGCAGGCAAGGAAAGACCUUCCUAGUGAGGGGGAAAUCUGAACAGAAAAGCCUUUUCGUGGCCAAGGAGAGUCACGAAAAGGACCCUUAUGCCAUUGCAGAUUUGCGGAAGGAGUUUGACUACCUGAAGCGUUUGCAGCAUCCAAAUAUCUCGAAGGUCUUGGAACUGGUGCUGGGCAAAGAGUUGGAGGAAGGACAAUGGACUGAUCGAUUGUAUGUGAUCUCCGAGCUGGCUGCUGGAAGCGACUUGCUUCAGUACAUGAAGAAAAUGAUUGAGCAUCAGCGUACUCUUCGAGAAGAUUGGAUGGCGAAAGUCCUUCACCAGAUCAUGAGUGGUGUAGCCUAUUUGCACAGUGAGCGGGUGGUUCACAACGACCUCAAGCCGGACAAUAUCCUUUGCAUCCAAGAGUUCCAGCCGGAUUCUCCCGACCUGGUGCCUUGGGUCACGCUGACGGACUUUGGAUGUGCCAAGGUCAGAGAUGAAGAGGACUUUGUGUGCGGCGACCCGCGCUACCAGUCUCCUGAGACUCUGAGAGCUCUGGUGGCCCAUUUAAAGGGUCAGACAGCAGCUGCUCUUGACCGACAGAUCGGCUACCAAGCCGACAUUUGGUCCUUGGGAGUGACGCUCUUUGAGCUGCUCAGUGGAGGUGUGAUGCCAUUCAUCUAUGAAGCCGUCCAUCUCAACGAUGUCACCCACAAUGCCGCACGAUGGGAGAAGCUCAAAGUGGAGGUCAUGGAGAAGGAACUCGUUCUGGAUCCUUACUUGGCAGGUGCUACGACCGCUGCAAGGGAUUUGGUCUCAAGAAUGCUCUCCAAGGACUGUAGUGCCAGACCUUCCGCCUUGGAGGUCCUGGAGGACAAGUGGUUCAGGUAUCAAGGUCAUCAUUCGCUGAGCGAAGAGAACUUGGCCAGGCUCGAACUGAAGAAGACUAAGGGAAUGGCGCACACCUUGCUGCUGAAUGCCAUGGCGAUGAAACUUCAGCGGAGCCAUUACGAGGAGAGCUGGAAGGUCUUUCAGACGAUUGACGCUGAUAACGACGGGAGCUUGUCACUGGAGGAGUUUCAACAAGCCUUUGAACUUUUGGCCGGCAGUCCGACCUCAGGUUCCCUGUGCAAAAGCCCUAUGACAAGGGAUGAUCCUCAAGGUGCCUGGCUCGAGCACAUUUUCAAAAUGGCCGACAUUGACAAGAAUGGCCGCCUCAAUUUUCCCGAGUUUGUUGCAGUCACAUUUGAUUGGAACACGUUGGAGCGGUCGGUGCUGGAUGGAAUUCUGAAACGGCUCUUCAACCAGUUGGACAGAGAUGGAAAUGGUCAGGUCAGCAUGGAGGAGUUGGCAAGCAUCUUCAAGGGAGCUUUAAGCUGGUCUGAACUCGAGCAGGUUUGUACCAGGAUCGAUGCAGAUCAGGAUGGGCAUGUGACCUUGCAAGAGCUUCACGACUUCCUCUUUGAGAGUGUCUCUGACGAGGAUCUCUCGCGGCUUUCAGCCACCGCGUCGCUGGGCCGAAUGAGUUCCUACACCAAGCCAAAGCCAAGGUCUGCCCUGAGCUCCGUACCAAACAGGUUUGCCUCCACUAUGGCAUGUUCCUGCUUUGCGUUCACAGUUUGGUCCAAGGGGGCCAAGGGCAUCUGUAACUUUUGAACGUCUCCCGACAGUAACAGCUGUGGGGCUGGUUUUGCCAGAAGGAUUCAGUGACGAUGCCUUGACCAGCUGUGCUGGAAUGUGGCAUUGAAGUCACCGAACAAAAAAGAUCCUACGUCACGUCGUGCUUGCUGUGCUCGAGCUGUGCUCGAGACGAGAUCCAAAGUUGACAUCGAAGCAGUCCACGGCACUUUUUCUUAGUGUUUGAGCUAGACUCAAUUGGGCAAUGGUCGCCUAGCGAUUGCCACAGUUGUACUCUUGCAUUUUGUACGGAUGACUUCGGCUGAUUGGAAUCUUUGUCAAGGCCAUAGUGAC